AUGUUUAAUUAUCAAGUUGAAUAUGCUAAAUCGUCAAAUUCAGAAUGUAAAGUAUGCAAAGAAAAUAUUACUAAAGGUGAAUUACGUAUUGGAAUUUUAAUAAAGCCACAAGAUUAUUAUAUACCAUUAUGGCGCCAUGAAAUAUGUUUCUUUAAGAAUGGAAAGCGUUUAGGAACAAUCCAACAAUUUAAAGAUUAUAACUCACUUAAACCUGAUGACAAACUAAGAAUAAAGGAAAAACUAGUUGAUCCAUCAGAAGAUUUCCCUGCUUCUGUUUUUGACAUUUUGGGCCUGGUACUUAAUGAAAGAGAUAAAGCCAUUAUUUCUGAAUAUGGUGUAGAAGAGAGUAACAAUUCUAGUGCCAGGUGCAGACUCUGCAAUAUUCAAAUUGUAAAGAAAGAGUUGCGGAUUUCUAAAAUUCAAUAUGAGGAAAAACGUGGUGAAAUUAAGCAUUACUAUCAUGUGAAAUGUUUUGCAAAUGUCAGGAAUGAAUUUAAUUUUCCAGGAAGUGGUGAAUAUAUGCCAGGCUUUGAGAUUUUAACAAAUAAAAAUCAGGAAAUUGUUAAAAGUUAUAUUAGGCAAGAUAACAUAGUCCCACCUCAUACAGAGUUCGGACCUUCCUCAUCGAAGUGUACCAAGCUUGGCGAGCAAAUUAAAUAUGAAGAUGAACAAAACAAAGAAAAUAUAAACAAGAUUAAAACUGAAACAUCGUUUGAAUUAGAAAGUGAGGCUGUGAGGCUACAAAGCGACCUGUUUCACAAAUACAAAUCUUGUUUGAGAACUUUAUCGAAAAAAGAUUUAAAGAUCAUAUGUAAACGGAAUAACCUUUACAUGUUUAAAGGAACAGAAGAGCCUCUAGAUCUGUUAGCGGACUGCAUGGUCUUCGGAGCUCUACAACCGUGCCCCAAAUGUAACGGACAACUUAAGUUAACGACGUUCCGCUAUGAAUGUUCAGGUUUCAUUAGUGAAUAUAUUCUGUGCACAUAUACGACCAAAUCACCGCAGAGGGAUCUUCUGACUGUACCCGACGAGUUAAAGCAUUACUCUGCUCUCAAAGAUUACGAGCCCAGUAUCGGCGUAAGGAUCUUUGACGAUGAACCUUCGGACGACUUCCAACCUUCCCUUCCGAAACGAAUAAAAAUGGAGGCGACGGCGGCUCCGCUCAAGAACGUUCUGUUUUAUAUUCACAUCUCCAAUAAAGAAGACAAAGAGACUGUAAAAUGUCGCGUGUUGAAGUUGGGCGGGUGCAUCGCCCCCAAGCUGGUGGAGACCGUGGCGGCCGUCAUCGCCGCUAAAGAGGAUUAUCAAAAAAAUACUACCCUCACCGAGAGGAUGAAGUUGGGCGGCUUUCACAUAGUGGAAGUUUCCUUUCUCGAUGAAGUAGACUCUCUGAAGAAUUCUCUCUCCGUCCCCGAGUCCAUCGAGCUUAUAGAGGAGCAUAACAUUUCCGAGUUCUCUUCAGAAAUCUAUUCGCGUGUGCCCAGACAGGUCUUAGAAGGAGAGCCGGUUCGAGUCUCCGGAGGUGUUUACAUUCUUAAGUCGGAUCAACCUCAUAUAUCCACCCUGAAAGUCAAGGAUGGCAUCCCGUUGGUGAUGGGAACCGGCCUGGAGCGUUGGGCCCACGUGUACCGCGAGAAGGGCGAGCCGUACUCGGCCACGCUGAACCGCGUCUACAUGGACGCCAGGCACGGAACCAACCGGAGCUACACCAUGCAGCUCUUGGUCGCCGACGUUCAGAAACGAUACUGCGUGGUGAGAAGCUGCGGACCGACAGGCUCCGAACCGAAGCACUACAGGAAAGAAUUUGAGGAUUUAGGAGAGGCGAAAGCUUUCUUCCGGGACGUGUUUUAUAAAAAAACUGGGAACAUCUGGACCCGAAGACACAAUUUUCAAAAGAAAUGUGGCAAGUUUGAUCUGAUCGAAAUGGCCGAUUUGUCCGAAAGAGAGCCCCAGCCGCUGUGCCUCGAUUCGCAGAGCGAGCUGCCGCGCGCCGUGCAAGAGCUGAUGAUACUGCUGUUCGACAUCAACAUCAUGAACAAGACCAUCGCCGACAUGGACAUCGACACCGACAAAAUGCCGUUGGGUGUUCCGUCGCAGGAGCAGAUCUCGUCCGGCUUCCGCAUAUUGGGCGCUCUGUACGACAUCGUUAGCGAAGGGCGGGAAGAAUAUAUGAGGAUUGAAGAAUUGUCCACGAGAUUUUAUACCAAAAUACCGCACAAGGGCAACUUCAAGGAGUUGGUAUUACUCGAUAACGUGGAUUUGAUUAGAUCGAAGAUGCACAUGCUCGACGAUCUUUCUAAGACCCACGUUUCCUAUAAAAUAUUGCACGAAGAUAUGGAUGUAAAGAUUGGCCUCAUGCAACAGUAUUACUUGAAGCUGAAGACCGAAAUUUUGCCUCUCGGUACCGAUUCCCCGGAAUACGGCACGGUCAUGAAGUACUUGCUGAACACUCGCUCGAAGGCCCAUUCGUUUAAAAUAAAGGUCGAACAGAUAUUCAGCGUCGACCGACAGGGCGAAGCGGAGCGCUUCGAGCCUUACGCCGCGUUUCCCAACCGGAAGCUCCUGUGGCACGGCUCCCGGCUCUCCAACGUGGCGGCCAUUUUGCUAGAAGGACUUCGCAUAGCCCCCGAAGGCGUCGAGAGGACGGGUGACAUGUUCGGAAAGGGCAUCUACUUCGCCGACGUCGUCACAAAGUCCGCGCAAUACGCGUACACGACGCCCGACCACCCCGCCGCUGUGCUGCUCUUGUGCCGGGUGGCCCUCGGGAACAUGAAACGUUGUACCAGGAGGGAGCCGGUCACCGAGCUACCGCAAGGUACGAAUUCGGUCUGGGGCGUGGGCCGCUUUCGACCGGAUCCCGCCGCAGCAGAGAUUUUACCCGACAGCACGGAAGUCCCGCUGGGCGCCAUAGUACCUAACACGAGAGACGACCCCGACGAACCUGUACUGAUUCACAACGAAUAUAUCGUUUACGACGAAGCGCAAGUAAAUAUAAAGUACUUGGUGCAAUUACAAAUAGUAUGA